CGAACCAACCGGUUCGCGGGUUAAGUGAAAGCUCUAGGGUUUAUGAUUAGCUCAGCCAAGUUUCUUCUUUUCACAGCUUCUUCUGUGCUCGUAGACAGCUUUGAGGUCGACGACUCCAAGUUUGCUCGACAGUUUUGAGCGUUAGGAGUGUUUAAGAUGGCUGGGGGAUCAAAGAUGUCUAAAAGAGCAAGACUUUAUGAAAGUGAAUCAGAAGAGAUGAGCGAGCCUGAGGACAAUCUCGAGGUGGAAGGGGAGAGUGACGAUGAAGAGUUGUCUGAUGGUGAAGGAGGUAGCAUGGAAGGGAGUGAAGAGGAAGAUGAAGGAGAUAGUGAGGAAGAUGACGAAGGAGGUGAGAAUGAAGAUGUGGAUGGAGAAAGCGAUGAACUUGAUGAUGGAGAUGACGAAGAAAGCGAGAGUGGCGAUGAAGAGGACGAUGACAAUAAAGAUGCUGCCAUGGAAGAGCUUGAGAAAGAGUACCAGGAGCUCCGUUCACAGGAACAGGAUAUAUUGAAAAACCUGAAGCGUGAUAAGGGUGAGGAUGCUGCUAAAGGUCAAGCUGUGAAGAACCAGAAGGCUCUUUGGGAUAAAACUUUGGAGCUCAGAUUCUUACUUCAGAAAGCAUUUAGCAGUUCAAACAGAUUGCCACAGGAGACUGUCAAAUCGUCUUUUUGUUCGGAAGAUGAGAAGGUAUCAACAGCAUAUUCAGAGCUAAUUACUUCGUCUAAGAAGACAUUAGACUCCCUCUUGGAGUUGCAAGAGGCUUUGUUUGAGAAGAAUCCCUCGGUUGACCAACAAGCAAAUGGCACCGAAUCCAUUAAAUCAGAUGCAGAAGAUAGCGAUGAAUGGCACCGAGUAUCUGACAUGCAGAAAAGAAUGUGUGUGUUCCGAAACAAGGCUGUGGACAAAUGGCAAAGAAGAACACAAGUCACAACUGGUGCAGCUGCUAUUAAAGGAAAGCUCCAUGCCUUUAACCAGAACGUUAGUGAGCAGGUUGCUUCUUACAUGAGGGAUCCAAGUAGAAUGAUUAAGCAAAUGCAACAAUCAAGAUCUACUGUUGCUGUUUUUGGAACUGUCCCCGAGGAAACCAUGGAACCAAAACAACCAAAACAAGAGGAAAAACAAGUUGAAGGAGACCCUGAACUUGUGGAGGAUGCAGAAUUCUAUCAACAGUUACUAAAGGAGUUCUUUGAGACCAUCGAUCCAGCUUCCUCAGAGGCGGCUUUCUACGCGAUGAAGAAGUUUCAAACGAAGAAGAGGAAAGUUGUGGAUCGGCGUGCCUCCAAGAGCAGAAAGAUCAGGUAUAAUGUGCACGAGAAGAUAGUCAACUUCAUGGCUCCACGACCUGCCAAGAUUCCUCCAAACACUGCAGAUUUGCUGAAGAAUCUGUUCGGUCUCAAGACCAGAAACGGUCUGUCUGAAGCAUAAUGUUUUAACAAAACCGCAGGAAUAGAUUUGAUUACUUCUUUUUGGUGUGUGCUGUGUUGUUGUAAUACAAUCUUUGAUAGUGAAAAACUCAGUUUAUUUAUCAAACAUCAUUUCAGCUUUUCUUAUAUAAAAGACAGAUUUGAAAAUAAAACAGAAGCGUUAAAGGUCAGUACAGUACACAGAGCCUCCUGCGUCGAUACUCCGCUGUUCAUUGUGGUUUUCAGUUUGAUUAAGUUAUCAAAUAUAUAAUCCGAAGAUGAAACGCUGUCGUAUUGAGGGUUCUGAAGCCCUAGAAAAGAACUUACAUAUAAAGCACAUCGUCUUAGUUGUAGCUUCUUCUGUAUUUCUCAGCUGGGCUAUAACAGGAGAGUGAGGAAGAAAGAGAUGGCUGGGCACAAGAUUGCACAUGCAACCUUGAAAGGACCAAGUGUGGUGAAGGAGUUAGUUAUCGGUCUUGCACUCGGCCUAGCGGCUGGUGGGCUAUGGAAGAUGCACCACUGGAACGAGCAGAGGAAGACGAGAGCAUUCUAUGAUUUGCUUGAGAAGGACGAGAUUAGUGUUGUUGUUGCAGAGUACUAGUAUUGGUAGUAGAGAUAGAGAUCUUCUCCUCCAACGUUUGAAUAUUUUUGAUGAUGACGAUCACCUUCAAACGCUUUGUUAUUAGUUUCGAAACCUAUCAUGAUUAAUAUAUAUAUAUGAUGAUGCUUUCUAGUCA